CUCUGCCUAGUGGUUUAGUGUUUCCUCUGACAGAUUGAGCCCAGCAAGGUAGUUCUCUUGAGGCUGUCCAACAGAACUGGUUCCCCCGGUCAUGCAUGCCUUCCUGCCGCAGCGUGGAAGAAACAGUCUACUGUUGAAAGCCUGAGGGAGGGGGGACUAAUAAGUCUUUAAGAUCCAGCCCCCACAUUCCUAACCUCUCUCUGGACUAUAAAACACAGAGCCCCAAGAGUUCAGCUCCUCCUCUACCUUCUACUCCUCCCUCUGUGUUUGUUUUGUGGCCCUUUUUUUUUUUUUUACUUCAGAGUAGAGGAGCAGGCUGACAGGGACGUACCAUUCUUCAACCACAGGGGAAGUCAUCAAAGCAGCCGUGAGUUUUAGGGCUUACAGCUCACUUCCUCCACCCCCACUGCAGUUUUUGCCUGUGAGCUGUUCCGAGGUGGAGCCGGGAGGAUGGAGGAGGUUCAGAGGAGAAGAGAGAGAGAGAGAGAGAGUCAGCAAGGCAUUUGAGAAACCAGCUGAUCAGAGCUGAGGUAUUCUGCCACGGAGGGACUUGUCAGCGUGUCUGGAAAUUUCUAACAGGUGAAGACGGAAAAGCAGGGUUGAAAAAAGAGAAAGAGAGAGAUGUCUCCUCUUCAUGUGAAUCUGGGAACUCAUGGAGAGCUGUGAGAGGGGUGGAAAUCUGAAGAAGAGAGUGAGAGGUGUACUGGAAGCCAAGCCCUGGUUACUGGUGAGUCAGCUGGAGGCUGGAGAACUUCGUCGAAUAAGGAGCAAUGUCUUGGCUGUCUCCGGUGUCAUGGGCCAAAUGGACGUGGACGGCGGUGCGAGGGGGAGAGGAGGAUGGAGAAGGGCAGGAGGCCAACGAGGAAAGGGAGCAGUGGCGAAGGAGAGAAGAGGAAGAGGAGGAGGAGAGAUCUCACGGCAGCAGCUCGGACUCCGAGGGUCAUUUUGACACCCCUGAAGCAGCGACUCCCGUCCGCGCCCCUCAACCCGUCCCAGGAGAGCUGGAGAACAACAACACCAAUGCAGGCAAAGCAGAUUUGGAGCAGGAGGAGAACCUGAUAGUGCCUGUUCCUGUCAGGGAUCCAGAACCUGCACUGGGCCACAACAUGGGUCAGGAUGAGCCUGCCGUCCCUGUGGGAGAUCAGCUCGAAAUAAAUGACCAAGACCAAGCAGAGCAGCCCUCGGAAAACUUGGAUUCUUUUCCCGGUCCUGAUUCAGCCUCACUGAAGGAAGAAACUCGAAGCACAGCUCUCCUUUCUGAGCCAUUUGAAGAGACAAACUUCCUCCAUGAAGCAUACCCAGUCGCAGAUCUGGCCCCAGUUCCAGAUACUACUUUUAUUCCAGAACCAGACUUUGUUCCAAGCAAUGAACCUUCAGUUCAGAAUCAUACUUUUGUCCCUCAACCUGACUCAGUACCAAGCAGUGAAAGCAGUGAAACUGCAGCAUCGAGUGCUUCACAGCCUCCAGAGGAGAAACCUGUUGCUGAUCUAGAGGAACAUCACAGCAAUCUCCCCAGCCUUGCAGAACCUACUCAAAAGACAAAAACUAGCAAGUCCAAGCCUCCAUCCUUCAAAAUAAAGGCUCCAGUAAGUCCUCCUCCUCAUACAGAUGAGGAACAAGAACUCCCUGUUCCCAAGGCUGCAUAUAACUUUGACCUUGACCAACUGGAUGACAGCUUCAACCCUUUCACCAGUGGCGGAUCCAAAAUCCAGAACUCUCCUCCACCGUGUGGUUCAAGGUCUCCCCCCAGGCUUCAACAACUUGGGAGCUCGUCAUCUGCUUGUGAGUCCACCAAAAAUGCUCAAGGAGACUCAGAAAUUAUAGAUCAGUCUUUAGAGGCAAAGCCUGUGGUGCUGGAGUUUGGUCUAGGUGAAGGAACGGUCAGAAAGCCCCCUCCAAAGAAAUUAGGAGGGAAAAGGGCAACCAGCAAGACUGCUGCAAAGAAGCAGAAACCAAAAGACUCAGAGACUUUUUGCGAACCAGCACCAGAAGCGACGCAUCCUGAACCGGUGUUAGAAACGGCACCAGAAUCGCUUCCCCAAUCUGUUUCCGAGCCUGUUUUAGAACCACUUUCAGAACCCGUAACUACAGACUCCUCUGCACCUCUGAAUCUGGAUGAUGUUCCUAUUCCCAAAACUGGAACUUACAACUUUGACCCCAGUCAAUGGGACGACCCAAACUUCAAUCCAUUUGGUAGCAACAGCAAAGUGAGCAGCUCUCCUGUGCUGCCAAAGGGCUCAUACAGCUUUGACCCAGACAACUUCGACGACUCCACAGACCCUUUUAAAGCAUCAAAAUCCCUGAACAACGAGGAUUUGUCCAGCAGCACCUCCCAACCUGAGACAAAGGUAAAAGACCAAUGCAAACAGAAGGCAAGGCAGACCCCCGGGGAGAAGAAAGCAAAGCAGCUUCCAAAGAAAAACAAAGAGAGAGCAUCCACGACAUCUGAGCAAGUCAAGUUUCUCUGUUUUCUGUUGAAUUCCUGUAAAGUCCAGAAAUAUGAUGAAAGCGAGUCGCUCGUCCUCGACGUUUGUAGUCAGGGCGAAGACGAAGUGGUGGUUCAAACCCCAGAGAUCACUCAGCGGGUUCAUCACGCCACAGACGAGGAAAAACUGGCCUCCACCGGCCUGAUUGGCCAGACGGCCGACAGUCAGGAAGAGAGAGAGGAGCAGGAAUGCAAAAAAGCAACUGUGAAGAAACAGCCGUCCAGCGAUUUACCUGCUGUCGAUCAGAUCAAGAUUACAGAUCAUCUGCCAGAGAAGGACACCUUCAGCGAGAAAGAUGAUAUCACUGAUAUAUCAGUGCACCAGACUGAAAAACUGAGCAGCCGUGACGACCCAGACCCAGAAGCCCUAUCGCAAGACGGCGUCCCUCUGACCGAAAUGGACAAAGCUGCGGUGCUGACCCUGAUCAGAGAGGAGAUCAUCACUAAAGAGAUUGAGGUCAGCGAGUGGAAACAAAAAUAUGAGGAGAGCAGAGCGGAGGUUAUGGAAAUGAGAAAAAUAGUUGCAGAAUAUGAAAAAACUGUUGCCCAGAUGAUUGAGGAUCAGCAGCAGAACAAGAGCCUCUCCUCCAGUAAGUCGGUCAGGCAGCUGACGUUGGAGCGCGAUCAGGCCGUGGCCGACCUAAACUCUGUGGAGAGAUCCUUUGCAGAUCUCUUCAGGAGGUAUGAGAACAUGAAGGGAGUCCUGGAGGGCUUCAAGAAGAAUGAGGAGGUGUUGAAGAAGUGUGCGCAAGAUUACCUACUUCGUAUCAAGCAGGAGGAGCAGCGAUAUCAAACGUUAAAACUGCACGCUGAGGAGAAACUGGACAAGGCCAAUGAGGAGAUAGCCCAGGUGCGCGCAAAGGCUGACACAGAGAGCGUGGCGCUGAAUGCGAGCCUGAGGAAGGAGCAAAUGAGGGUGGAGUCCCUUGAAAGAGCUGUCCUUCAAAAGAAUCAAGAAAUUGAGGAACUGACCAAGAUCUGCGACGAGCUGAUCGCCAAGCUGGGAACAGAAUGAAAGACGUUCAGUUCAUCAGCUCCCAUCACUUCAUCAGUUCCCAUCUGCUCAAACUCUUACAGCAGCAUGUGAUAUAAAUCCUCCAUACCAGCACAAUUCAGCACAUGUUUGUUGCAAAAGCUAUGAGAUAUCACCAGGUGUCUAUCAUUUUCACCAUUAUAAUUACCAAAUGUUUGAAGAAUAAGUAUCAUCCUAAGAUGUAAAGAUUUGUUGUUGAUUGUUUGUGCAUUGCUGUUUUGUUUUUGUUUUUUAUCCAAGAAUUUCCAUAGUUUUUUACUGCAUGUGUUCAGGAACUGAGGGAGAGGACGACACAGUUCCUUCUUCGUUCCAGCACACUUUCAUUUGAAUGACCUCUGUUUGAAGGCUGCAGAAAACAUAUUUAUACUGAGUGCCUGAACUGAUUGAAUUUUAUUAUUUUCUCUGUAGAAUUCUUACUGCCUUUUCUUUUGAUGUUGUUCAUAAAAAUAUAUAUAUAUUCGGACUUUGCUACAUUGGCCAAAAUGUUUUCUCUGAUUUCUGAGUGUAGAGCAUUUCUUUGAUUUGAUCAUAUUCUCAUUAUGCAGUAAUUGUACCCAUGUGCCAUAUUGCCUUUUUUAAUUCCUAAACUUUCCUGCAUGAGAAAAAAAAUCUCCCAUUUUUUUCUGGUUUUCUGUGAGUCGAGAUGUUUCUGAUGUGACUCCUUUUCAGUUCAAGGAUAAACCUUAAUUUUCUCAUUUCAAGCCGUUGCCAACUUGUACUGUAUGCAGUAUAAUUCCUGUAUGAUCAGUAUAUUUUGAACUUGAAUGCAUUUGCAGUGGUAUGGCUUUCCCUGUGCUUCAUAAGGUGUUGAAGACCUGUAUUGUAGGGAGCAGAUGUUUACCUUUACUCUCAUGAAAAAAAAAACAUCCAGCUAAUUUUGCGGUCAAAACUGUUGUAUUUGGCCUUGGUGUAUCACAAACUUCAACAGAUUUUGUAUGAAAAUCUUUUGCUUCUGCACAAUCAGAUGCCAAAUAUCACAGUGAUCCGAAACGGACUUUGGCGUGGCUCCACGUCCUGUCGUGAUGUCGUACUCAGUUGAAGCUGCUUUUCGAAGGAAGUUCAUUGUUGUGGUAAAAUCUGUAUAUUUUAUACUUAAUGGAAAGAACAUUCAGAGUUACGUCUCUAAUAUUUGUAAAUGUAAGAACGGAGUAUGUCCUGAUUAUAUGUUAACUGUUAUAUUUUGUGGAUUCCUGAAUAAAUGGAUAAGAUUUAAUAAUAUAUCAAUACUUUUUAAACGGGACUGCUGGGAAUUUGAAAGUGAGGUUCUGCGGAAAGGUUAAAGACGGUUGAGGAAAUAUCGCACGGAAUCUUCAUUCAGAAUAAAUCUAGAUUAGUUUGAUCUAGAAACUGCAACGAGCAGAUAGUCCAAGCUGUUCGGCGUAUAAAAGGCCAUCAGUGUAUUAAACUAUGUGAUAAAAACAGCGACGCGUAGGCAAAAAGAAUCAUUCAUUCAAAAAUGAACCGAAUGCUAAAUCUUUGGGGUUUUUGCUGUUUUUCCUCAGUCACAUGUAAACCCUAAGGUGAUGAUGGUCUAAACACAACAUCCUAUCUAAAUCUUUUUUAUACCAACAUGGUGAAUACGCUUUGUGUAAUUUCAGAAAACCAGUGUGGUUGAGUAAUCUUUAUGAGUUUGGCUUUUGCUGCUGGGUGUUUAGUCUGCUUCAGUGUUUCCUAGUUCUGCAGGAGCUUGGCUGAAACACAAACUCUUUUUUGUUGUUGUUGUUGCUUUUCUAGUCUCAAUCAUUGAAAGCUAGAAAUGUGAUGGAAAAAGUGGUACAUUAUGGGCUUAGGAAAAGAUCCACACACUUUUGAAGACAUUUCUAAUAAACAAUCUCUAAACUGUAGAGCGUGCUGAACAUGCCUACAUUGUGCCUCUUGGGUUCUGUUGACUUUUACUGAAACAUGUAAUUUACCGCAGCAGCCACUAAAUGUGAGAACAAACUCAGUAUUUGCAUGCAAUUACUUCUACAAAAGGCUGAAAAUAAAAGUGUAUGUUUGACAUGCUCCUGCAUGCAAACGUGUGAUUAAAACAGUUUUAUGAUUA